AUGCCUGCUCCAGAUUUUUUCACCAUCAUCCAAAAGCAUCGACCGGCCCUCGAAAAUUACGAGCGCAUCUACCGCGACAUCCAUGCAUCGCCGGAACUGUCGGGAGAAGAGCGGGAAACAUCAAAAAUUGCGGAAAAACACCUGAAGGAUCUGGGAUUCGAAGUUCAUGCGAACAUUGGGGGCUACGGGGUCGCUGGGGUCCUCGAGAAUGGACCAGGUGCCACCAUAUUACUUCGAGCCGACAUGGACGCGUUGCCGAUGAAAGAAAAAACCGGUCUCCCCUACGCCAGUACGAGAGUCGCCAAAGAUAACGAUGGGAACUUAAGACCCGUAGCGCAUGCCUGUGGCCAUGACUUACACGUCGUUAGUUUGAUGGCUAGCGCGGCUCUCCUCUAUUCGGCUCGCGAAGAGUGGUCGGGCACCUUGAUUUGCGUGUUCCAGCCAGCAGAAGAAACUCUCUCUGGGGCACAGGCGAUGAUUGAUGACGGGCUGUUCGAUAAAAUCCCCAAGCCGGAUCUGGUGCUCGCUCAGCAUGUCAUGCGCAUGAGAGCUGGCCAAGUGAGUGUUCGUAGCGGCCGUCUUUUAACCGCAGCGGACUCAUUUGAAGUUCGAAUUAUCGGACAUGGCGGCCAUGCGUCAGCCCCCAACGCGUGCAUUGACGCAGUUGUGAUAGGUGCCGCAGUUGUGUCGCGCUUACAGACCAUAGUAAGUCGCGAAGUCAACCCUCUUGACCUAGCGAUCGUGUCGUGCGGAAGCAUCAAUGCAGGUUUCAAUGCCAAUAUUAUACCAGAUGAGUGCAUCAUCCGGAUCAAUGUGAGGACCUACAACCCCAAGACACGCAAGCAGGUCAUCAAUUCGAUCAAGCGCAUUGUGAAAGCGGAAUGCCUAGCCUCGGGUGCACCUGAAGAGCCUACAAUCGUGCCCUUAUCAUCAACCCCUGCCACGAUAAAUGAUGAAGAAACUGCCACGGCUCUAGAAAAGGUGUUUGGCUCUUAUUUCAGGAACAAUCUCACUGAGAUGGAACCGACCACCGCCAGUGAAGAUUUUUCUCUCUUGGCCGCGGCAGCGAAUGUCCCAUAUGCGAUGUGGACGUUUGGCGGCAUCGAUGAAAAGAAAUGGGACGAUGCGCUUCAAAGCGAUUCCAUCAACGAACUAAGCGGCAAUCAUUCCCCUUACUUUGCUCCGGUGCUUCAACCCACAUUGAGGACGGGAGUGGAUGCCAUGUCUCUCAGUGCUUUGCACUUUCUGCAGAGGAAAUCUCAAGCUUCAAACCCGGUCAGAUGA